CUACCGAGAGCGAGCGCAGAAGAGCGAGCAAGCGGCCGCUGCAGCGAGGGGAAGGAGGAUAACAACAUGAGCUCCCGGAAAGUGAUGGCCAUCCAGGCCCGAAAGAGGAGGCCGAAAGGAAAGAAAGACAAGACGGCUCAUCACAGAAGGCCUGAGACGCAGCAGAAAGUCCCAUCAGCGCCUCCUCCCCCUCCACCCCCCCCACCCCCCCCUGAGCCUGUGGCCCCCCCGGAGCUGGAGGAGGAGAUCCUGGGCUCUGACGAUGAGGAGCAGGAGGACCCUGCCGAUUACUGCAAAGGAGGUUACCACCCAGUGAAAAUCGGGGACCUGUUCAACGGGAGGUACCAUGUGAUCCGCAAGCUGGGCUGGGGUCACUUCUCCACCGUCUGGCUGUGCUGGGACAUCCAGGGGAAGCGCUUUGUGGCCAUGAAGGUGGUGAAGAGUGCUCAGCACUACACUGAAACCGCGCUGGACGAGAUCAAACUGCUCCGCUGUGUACGGGAGAGUGACCCCAGUGACCCCAAUAAGGAUAUGGUGGUGCAGCUGAUAGACGACUUCAAGAUCUCAGGCAUCAAUGGGAUUCAUGUGUGCAUGGUGUUUGAAGUCCUGGGGCACCACCUGCUCAAGUGGAUCAUCAAGUCCAACUACCAGGGCCUGCCUCUGCCCUGCGUCAAGAGCAUCAUCCGGCAGGUGCUGCAGGGCCUGGACUAUCUGCACAGCAAGUGUAAGAUCAUCCACACGGACAUCAAGCCGGAGAACAUCCUCAUGUGUGUGGACGACGCCUUCGUGUGCAGGAUGGCUGUGGAGGCCACCGAGUGGCAGAAAGCCGGGGCGCCCCCUCCCUCCGGCUCCGCAGUCAGCACAGCCCCCCAACUCAAACCGGUGGGGAAGAUCUCCAAGAACAAGAAGAAGAAGCUGAGGAAGAGGCAGAAGCGGCAGGCGGAGCUGCUGGAGAGGCGCAUGCUGGAGAUCGAGGCGCUGGAGCGCGAGGCGGAGAAGCAGCGGGCCAGCGAGGCCCCGAACCCCGCCCCGCCCGGCGACCAGGAGGACGAGGAAGAGGAGGCAGAGAGAGAACCACCAACAAGACUCACCAAUCACACGUGUGCAGACCCGGAGCAGCAGCUGCAGUGUGAGGAUGUGCUGAGCACAGAAAAAGCGCAGGAGGAGGAGGAGGAGGACAGCAACACUGAGAGCCACGCCUCAGCCGGAGCUGGGGAGGGGGGAGAGGGGGGCAGGGAGCAUCCGCACUCGGAGAAAGAAGAACCAAAAAAGGAGGCAGUGAAAGAAGAGGAGGUAAAGGAGGAGAGGGACCAUGGGGAGGAGGAGGAGGAGGAGGAUGAGGAUGAGGAGGAUGACGAUGAUGAAGACGAGGAGGAGGAUGGUGAAGAAGGUGGAGGAGACAGCGUUGGACUGAAGAACACCUCCAAAACAAAUGGGCACGUGGUGACAGGGGUGAAAGGAGCACCGCUCUGCCCCCUCGUGGAGUCAGAGAUCAGCGCCACGGAGCGGGACGGCUCCCUCAGCUCCUCCUACGAACUCUUCAAUGGCAACACACCCAGCCUGGCCAACGGGGGGCGCCACAGAGACACAUCACCCCGCUACCCCGAGCUCAGCAGAGCCGCGCCCCCGCAGCACACCCCCCCCGCUGACCGCAGCCGCACUGUGUCCUCCUCCAGCACGGGGGACACGCCCAAAGCCAGAGCGCGAGCCACUGACCUGCUGAUCAACCCCCUGGACCCCUGCAACGCCGACACUCUGCGAGUGAAAAUCGCCGACCUGGGAAACGCCUGCUGGGUGCACAAGCACUUCACAGAGGACAUCCAGACGCGUCAGUACCGCUCCAUCGAGGUGCUGAUCGGGGCGGGAUACAGCAGCCCUGCGGACGUCUGGAGCACCGCCUGCAUGGCCUUCGAGUUGGCCACUGGAGACUACCUGUUCGAGCCGCACUCCGGAGAGGAUUACUCCAGGGACGAAGACCACAUAGCCCACAUCAUUGAGCUGCUGGGGUGUAUCCCAAGACACUUUGCACUCUCUGGAAAAUAUUCCCGGGAAUUCUUCAACCGCAGAGGUGAGCUGAGGCACAUCACCAAGCUGAAGCCGUGGUCGCUGUUUGACGUGCUGGUGGAGAAGUACGGCUGGCCCCCUGAGGACGCGGGACACUUCACCCACUUCCUGCUGCCCAUGCUGGAGAUGGUGCCGGAGAAGAGGGCCUCCGCCGGGGAGUGCCUCAACCACCCCUGGCUCAACUCAUAGCGCCCCCUGUGUCCAGAACUGCUGUGCACCACACAGAGCGGAGAGAGAGAAGCAGGGUGGGGGGGGGGUGGGUGCUGUUGUCAUGCACACACAGACAGAUGCACACUACACUCCAGCACGGCCUGGUGAGCUGCCCUCUGUCCCCAGCAGGCAGGCAGCCCCUCCCCCAGCGGGAGGCGGUCUCUGAGCUCACCAAUUGGAGAGGGGCUCUUCCUUUCCUGUCCUCUCCACCCCCUUAUGACGAGCUGCACGAGCUAGUCCCGCCUACACCCCCACCUCACUCGCUGCCAGCCCCUGGAGCCCCACCCCCCCGUCCGACUGGGCUCAGGAGGGGUUUGGGCGCGGGUACCGUUCCCAUCAUGAUUGUGUCUUCCAUGGCAUCUCCUCUCUGUGGAGCGUGGAGGGAGCCCAGGAGCACAGUAACCCGAGACACGGGGGAUGCAGGGUCUGUGCGUGGACCUCCCGCUCAGCAGGGGGAACUCCAGGCAUAGCAGCACACUGUAAGAGGGUCCACCAGACUCAGCUGUCCUGAACUUCCUGAGCUGCUGAAGUUGUCCAAUGUGUUUGAUGCUGUGACUUCAGCCAAGCUGCUGGCCGAGCUGUAACACUGACACCACUUCACUCCUGCCCUCUGCCUCCAUUUCCCAGGAGAGCCUCUGUCACAGCACUGAUGUCACAGCACUGAUGUCCCUGCAGGACGGCCACCGGUGAACGUGUCUGUGUUUUAAACGUGUGUGCAGCAGGGUGGUGUGCUCAUCUGAGGGACACAGAGACAGAGGCCGUCCCUGCUCAUUUCUCCAUCUCCCCGCCUCCUCCCUCCUGUGUACCGCACCUUUCCGGGGGGAACACAGGCAGCGCUGUGUACAGACAGGGAGGGGGGACCUGCUCCACCACACACAC